AUGUUUACACAUCAAAAAGUUAACGUUAUUCAAAAUAAUGCAUUGAAAAAUAUAUCAUCUUUGUCCAUCAAAUCUUUAAAACUCAAUUUGGCUGAUGUAAAAUUGCAUAUUGAACCACUUGCAUUUUCAAAUUUACUAUCAUUGGAAAAUCUUGAAAUUAAUUCAGCUUCAGUUUUGCUGGACCCCGAUAUUUUUUAUGAUUUGAAUAAUUUGAAAUAUCUCAAAAUUCAACUGGCCAAUAAAACGAAAUCAUAUCUCAAUGAUGUAUUAAAUAAACAUCCGAAUUUACAUGAAUUGGAAUUUUUCAAUCAUCAAGAUGCUGAUAUUUGCGAUUUUACUAGUCGAGAUACUUCUCUCAAUAUUCUACAUAUUCAAUAUACUCAAAGUUCCCUGAGAGUAAUAUCUCGUCAUUCAUUUUAUUGUUUAAAAAAUCUUCAACAUCUGACAAUAACUGAGAGCAAUUUAAAUUUUAUUGUUCCUGGUACAUUUAAUGCAUUGAAAAAAUUGAAAAAAGUGUCUAUCGUAUCAAGCAAAGAACUGACUCGAAUACCUUCAAAUGUAUUCAAUGUUCGAAGUUUUGAAAUUAUAAAUUUGAGUAAUAAUUCAAUUGAACAAAUUGAUAAUGGAGCAUUUAUAACUGGAAGUAAUAGAUUAUUAUUACUCAACUUGAGUUCUAAUUCAUUGCAAGUUAUUCAAGAAGGAAUUUUUCAAAAUAUUCAUUGCAAGGUUAUUGAUCUUACGAAAAAUAAAUUAGUCUAUAUCGUUGAUGGGGCAUUUAAUGUAUCACAAAUUGAUACAAUUUAUUUAUUUGACAAUAAUUUAUUUUUGCUUGAUCAUUCGAGUUGGGGUUUUAAUGUCAAUACCAUUAUUUAUUUAAAAUACACAAACGUUGAUAUUGCAUUAUAUCAAUUAAAUAAAUCAAUGAGUUCAAUGGAUCACAAUGAGAACAUAUGUUACUUGAGUCAAAGUUAUUAUUUUAAAAUUUGUAAAACAUCACGUACGAAACUUAAAUCAGUAAAAAAUCUCACUGAUGAUUGGCAACCUCAAUCACUUGAAAUAACUGAUAACAAUAUUUCAUCAAUUGGAGAGAAUGCAUUUAAUAAUUUGAGUAUAAAAGUUUUGAUGAUAAAAUCUGCUGUUGAGAAGUUUGAAUUAUUUCCUGCAUCAUUUGCUGGAUUGAAUCAACUUAGAAUGCUCAAACUCAAUACUAAACCAAUUCAUAUUAAAACAUAUAUUUUUGAUCAACUAACGUCAUUAAGUUUUCUUGAAAUUUCAGUAGAUGAAUAUUCCGAUAUUCCUCUCUGUAAAUUAUUCAAAAAUCUCAGGUUUUUUGAAAGCUUACAACUUAUACGUCAACGUGGAAUUGAUAUUUGUGAUAAUAAAUUAUGCACAAAUAAUAAUUUUAAUAUAUCAGCUCUUCAUUAUGAAAAUGGAACAUUUACAAAUUUACAAAAAAAUGCAUUAGAUAUAUCAUAUAAUCAAAUUAUUGAAAUUGAUGAUGGUGUAUUUAAAGACAUGAAUCUUGAGCAUCUAUUUUUCUAUCGUAAUGUUGGUGUUUUUAAUAAUUCUCGUUAUUGGUAUCUUGAUGAUUCACAAAUUGAAAAUAACUGUGUUAAUCAAGAUACAUACAGAAUUUGUAUAAAAAGAAAAACUCUAACAUCUGUUGAUAUACCCAAUAAAUAUUUAUUUUCUAAAUCAUUUUUGUCGUCUUUUGUCGGAUGGCUUACAACAAGUGAUACACUUAAAAUAUCUGACGAGAGAAUAUCGUCAAUGGGUAAAUAUGUAUUUAAAGAUUUAAGUGAAUUUUUCAUUCAUCCUGAAUCAUUUGAUGGUUUGUUAAAUUUGGAAAAUUUAGAAUUAAAUGUUGGACCAGUUGACCUCAAAGAAAAUUUAUUUGAUGGUUUAAUAUCACUAAAAUAUUUAAAAAUUGAAAUUAAAUAUAAUCCACAAUCACCUUCGAAAUAUAUCAAUAAUGUAUUAAAAACUGUUCCAAGUUUGAGAGUAUUGGAAAUAGAGAAUAGUGAUUCAGUUAAUAUUUGUGAAAAUCCAAGAUCCAAUAACAAUUUACUGUCUAUCACAGGUCUUUAUUAUACUGGUGGAUCAAUCAGUAAAUUACCAACAAAUUCAUUAUUGUGUCUACAGAAUCUGGAAAAAUUGUCAAUAACACAAACACAACUGACAACAAUUGAAGCUGGUGUAUUUGAUUCAAUGGAUACUCUUAAAUAUAUAAAUUUGGCAUUCAACAAAAUAACUCAUAUUUCUACUGGUGUUUUUAAUUAUUUAAAUAACUUAAUUACACUCGAGCUGAAUCAUAAUAAAAUCAAUGACAUCGAGAGUAAAUCAUUGUUAAAAUCUGGUAAUAAUAAUUUACGUCUUCUCAAUUUAAGUUACAAUGAAUUCACAAUUAUUAAGAAAGAUACUUUUAAAGAUAUUAAAUGCAAAUAUCUAGAUUUAUCACAAAACAAAAUUAGCAUUAUUGAAAAUGAUGCAUUCGAAAAUACUAAUAUUUAUGAUAUAUUUUUACUUAAUAAUUGUUUCAGUACUCCAGUAAAAAAAGUUUGGAAGAUACCUUCAUUUACUGUUGUUCAUCUUAAAAACUUUUAUCCUUUUCCACAUAGUCAUUUAUAA